CGGGCCGGGCCUGGGCCUUGGCCUUAUUUUCUGACAGAACCCCGCCGCCCCCGGAGCCGCCUCCCGGCCCAGCGGCCUCCUCACCACCCGGCCCUUCCUCGGGCCUUUCCCCUCAAGCCCUCCCGGGGAGCGGCGGGGGGAGGCGGCGGGGCCGGCCCGGCCUGGCCCGUGAGGUGAUUUCGGGAGGGGCGAGGCCUCGCCGGGCCGCAAAUCCCGGGCGUUUACGCCGAGGCCGCUCAGCUGGGAAGAUGUUAAUGUGCUUUUUACACUGAGGAAAAGGAAGCAAAAGGUCUCUGAAGCUGCUGAGGCACCCGGAGGCUGAAAUGAGGUGGAAAUACAUCUGAAAAGGGAGGUAGGGACCGAGCCAGGGAGGACUAUGGCUGGAGGAAAGCGCAGCCUGAGGCAGCAUCCGAGUUGUGCAGGUGGAAGUUCUGCUCCUGACCGUGGCUUUCCAAAGGUUGUCCUGCUCCUGCUGACCAGCCCAGGCUCCUCAUCCCAAGGCUACAGCAGGAGACGUACCAACAUAUUCAAAAUGUCGAUGGAUAUAACUUUCCUCGGCACGGGCUCGGCGUAUCCCUCGCCAACGAGAGGAGCGUCGGCGGUCGUGCUUCGCCGGGAAGGGGAGUGCUGGCUCUUCGACUGCGGGGAGGGAACUCAAACCCAGUUCAUGAAGAGCCACCUCCGAGCAGGCAGAAUUACCAAGAUUUUCAUAACUCAUCUUCACGGUGAUCACUUCUUUGGUCUUCCUGGCCUGCUGUGUACAAUUUCCCUCCAAAGCAGCCCUGACCCCAACAAACCACCCGUUGAUAUUUACGGACCGUUAGGGCUCCGAAACUUCAUCUGGAGGAGUAUGGAGCUCUCCCACUCCCAACUUCUCUUUCCCUACACUGUUCAUGAACUGGUUCCUACACGGGACCAGUGCCCCGCGGAGGAAUUUAAGGACUUUUCUGACUUGGAUGGAGGUGAGGUGUCUCCCCAGGGAGCACAAGGGAGAAUCCUCCACCUGGAUCCUGUGGAAAACUCCUACUUGCUGGUUGAGGAUGAGCAGCUGGUUCUGAAAGCCUUCCGCCUUUUUCACCGCGUUCCUUCCUUUGGCUUCGUGCUGGAAGAGAAACCCCGGACCGGUAAACUCAAUGUACAGAAGCUGAAAGACCUUGGAGUUCAACCAGGUCCUUUAUAUGGGAAACUGAAGAACGGGACGCCAAUCGUUCUAGAGAACGGAGUAACAAUUUCUCCUUCAGACGUCUUAGAAGACCCUAUUCCUGGGAGAAAAAUUGGCAUUUUGGGGGAUUGUUCGGGGGUGGUUGGAGACGCGGCGCUGAGGCUUUGCCGUGGAGCCGAUGUGUUGAUACACGAAGCCACGCUGGACGAUAGCCAAGAGGAGAAGGCCAGAGAGCACGGCCAUAGCACUCCGAAAAUGGCAUCGGAUUUUGCCAAAUCGUGUCAAGUGAAGAAACUGGUUUUGACUCACUUCAGCCAGCGGUAUAAACCGGCUGCGCAGAGAGGGGAGGGAGAUGGGGACGUCACCGAGCUGAAGAGACAGGCGGAGUCGGUGUUAGAUGGCCAAGAGGUAACUCUUGCUGAGGAUUUUCUGACCAUAGAAGUUCCAAUGAAAAAGUAAAAAUAGUGU